AUGUGGGCAGCUGAAUUUAAACGUGGUCGCACGUCGCUCGAAGAUGACUCACGUGAAGGACGGCCAAAAACUGCAACCACACUGGAAACUAUCGAAAAAGUGCACUAUAUCGUGUUGGACGAUAGGCGAGUAAAGGUGUGUGAGAUAGCUGAGGCCGUGGGCAUAUCGGAAGAAAUGAUGCGAAAUAUCUUGCAAGAAGAAUUAGGUAUGCGAAAACUCUGCGCAAGAUGGGUGCCGUAUUUGCUGAAUGCGGAUCAAAAGCAAAUGCGCAAACGACAUUCGCAGGAGUGUUUGGAUUGA